GAUUAGCUCAAAGCAACUGCCCUUUGUGAAGAUGAUGACUCUACGUGUACAAAUCCUCUCUCUCGUUUCUGUCUUCCUCAUUCUGCAGACAAAUCCGAGUUAUGCUGUACCGAUCAAUUUUGACAAAGACCGUUUGAAACCUCUCUGCGAGAACCCGCCACCGGUUUUACAACUUGUGUGCAAGAGUCUGUUUGGUGUCACGUGUCCGACACAAGUCAAGUUGGGAGAUUGGGCAUACAAUGGUAUGGAAGUCGAUAGCUCGCUCAAUAGCACCGCCGCUAGCACUUGUCCCGGUGUAAACUUGCUGAAGUACGAAAGAGAAACGAAUCUCUCAACUGUUCUGUCUGAAUGUCAUUCAAAAGUAAUCGUCCAAAGAGAAGAAGAAUACCGAUGUCCACCUACUACAAAAGAAAAGGCUGCUGCUCUAACUCGCAUAUUUGGAAGUUUUGGGCCACCGCCACCGCCACCUCCUCCAGUUGAACCAUCAGCUGCUGCGACAGUAGAGCUAACGACAGCACUCCCCGCAAAAGCAAAACGACAAGCUCAAGACUGCUACAACGAACCCCGCGGCACCGACCUCGCCAUUCUUAUCGAUGCCUCUGGCAGCGUUGGCAGCACAGUGUUCUACCAAUCCGUCAAGGACGUAGCCACGUUGAUCGAAAACACUUGCAAUGACUUCACAUGUGGUGCUCCACAGAUCAGAGUGGCUGUGGUGACGUUCGCAUCUUCUCCCGUCACCGUGUUCGACUUCGCCUACUCGGCAGCAAACCACCACAGUCGCCAAGACAUAAUCGACAGCAUCCUGACUACACACUACACAGACGGUGGCACCGCAACACGUUCGGCUCUCGAGCACGUCCGUGACAACAUUUUCAGCGCCAGCCAUGGUAUGAGACGAUUCAGUACGAAAAAACUCAUGGUACUGACAGACGGUAACUACAACAGUGGAGGAGACCCCAAAGACGUGGCAAGGAGCCUGCACGAGCGAAAGUUUUUCGAUCAAGUUGACGUCUUUGCCCUCGGCAUCGGUGACGACCAAGCAAUAUCGUUCGAAAACGUGCAAAAGCUCAAUCACUUCAGAGGCUUUGAUUCCAAAAUACUUCCAUUGUUGACUUACACCUCGUACAGCCAGUUCUCACUCGCAGUUCAUUGGGUUACUCUAGAUGCUCAAGAGAAUGCCAACAAAUGCACAUCGACGUCCUUCAAGAAAUGAAGAACAAACGUGUGUCUAGAGGACGUCGAUUAUCAUGUUGAACCAAAUUUGUGUUGUUUUGCUAGUUGUUGAAUUUUUUGUUUAUCAGUUCAAGUUCAAGUCUAUUGUUGUAUACUAUAGUGGUAUUGUUGCUAUAACAAAGUCAAUAAAUGUUUUACGCAUGCAUGCGUUCAAUUUUG